GAUAUUAUGAGGAUAUUAAUAUAUGAUAGAAAGAGAAAGUUAUUUCUCGAUCUCUCUUACAUUAAUCACAUUCUCUACUUACAUUUGUUAUCGAAGCUAAAGAAAUAUAUAUCUCUAUCGUAAAAAAUUUUUACUUUCCAAGAUAUAAUUUUCGAGAAUAUAUCGAAACAUUCGAAACUGAAUAUAUUAAAUAUUCAUUCUAACAUCGGCACCUUUCUCUUUUACCCGAGAUAAGAAUUAUCUCUUUAUUGUUGAUACAUCUUAUUUCCAUUGACAUAUCUCAUAUUCAUAAUCUCUUAUGGAUUAUUUCGCGUAUGGCGAAAAUUUUAUUGCUAUACAAAAAAAAAAAAAAAAAAAAAAAAAAAAAAAAAAAAAAAAGAAAAAAAAUAAAAGAAAAAGAAAAGCAAACAAAGAAAUUAUAAAUUCAAUUAUUAUUUAAUAUUCAGUUAUAUUUCUUAUUUAUCCGACAAUAAUAAUCACAAAAUCAAGUGUUCAUACGAUGAAUUCAAUGAAUGUACAUUCAACAUACAUACAUUCUCUUUCCUCGAGGUCAUUCCUUUUCCAAACGUUAUUUGCUGAAAUUUUGUUAAAAGAAACAGUAUAUAUAACGAGAGAGACAUAAUUUUUAUCAUAAUAAUUCUUAUCUUCUCUAAAUAUUUUAUACAUAUCAAUUAAUAAUAAGGAGUAAAAUUUUUUUACGUUCGUUCAAUUAAUUAUUAAUGAGUGAAUUCAGUGAAAGUACAAAUAGAGACUCUUAAUUUGUUGACCUUAUUUAUGAUUAAUUCGUUUCUACGCCACAUUUGUUUCAAUCGAAUAAAAUAUUAUCUUUCAUUAUUAUUAAAUUAUACAACUAUAAUAUUCUUUCGAUUAUACUUUUCUUUUUUUUUUUUGUUUCGUUUUGUUUUCAUUUUAUUUCGUAUUUAUCGUGCAUGAAAUGUUAACAAGAAAAACAGAAGCAUUUAAAAUAUGAGUUUCCUGUAAUUAGAAUUACGUUAUGCGAACUAAAAAAAACUUGUUUUUGCUAAAUUCACUUUAACUAUUAUAUAACGUGUAAAUGUCAUUUUUAUUGUAAUGUUCCUUUGAGGUGAAUACGUUUGAAGAAUGAUCGUGCGAACUAAAUGUAAAGAGAUCAGUUGCGCAAAUGUAGUUAAGAGACCUAACAUCGAAUACUUCUGAAAUAGUUUAAUAUGUUUGUACAAGGAUGAAAACUGUUUUUCCUUGGACUAUUUAACGGGGAAGUUUCUUUAAUGCUAAAUAGGUGACUAACUCCACGUGAACAUUACGUAUUACGUACGUGUCUCGUUUAAAUAGAUUCCUAACAAUUUAUUUUCAUCGUUUAUACAGUUAUAAAAAAAGAAGAAAAGAUCAAUCGUUAUGGCGGCGGGUCGCCUGUGGAGAACAUUGUCAAGAAAACGUGUUGAUGAUGAUCAAGAGGGCAAGGGCGAAUUGGCAAGGGUCCUCAAUAUCUUUGAUUUAACUGCCCUUGGAGUCGGCGCGACCCUUGGUUUAGGCGUUUACGUUCUUGCCGGAAGUGUUGCAAAAGAAACGGCCGGACCAGCCGUUUGUAUUUCAUUUCUUAUUGCUGCUAUUGCUUCUGCUUUUGCUGGAAUGUGUUAUGCAGAAUUUGCAUCAAGAGUACCAAAAGCAGGAUCAGCUUAUGUUUAUAGUUAUGUAACAGUUGGUGAAUUUAUAGCAUUUGUCAUAGGAUGGAAUUUAAUAUUGGAGUACGUUAUCGGUACAGCAAGUGUUGCUCGAGGCCUUAGUAAUUAUAUUGAUGCUUUAAUAGGAAACAUUAUGGGGAAAACUUUGCAAUCAAUUAUGCCAAUAAACAUUUCUUUCUUGUCAGAGUAUCCUGAUUUUUUUGCAUUCGGCAUGGUCAUGUUACUCGUUUUUUUACUUAGCAUAGGAGUUAAAGAAUCUUCUUUUUUAAAUAAUAUAUUCACUGUCAUCAAUCUUCUUACGAUUAUUAUCGUUAUAGUAGCAGGUUCUAUUAAAGCCGAUCCAAAAAAUUGGUCCAUUUCGAUAGAAGAUAUUCCUAAAAACGUAACGAAUGCUGGUAGUGGUGGUUUUAUGCCGUUUGGAAUAAGCGGUGUAAUGGCAGGUGCAGCAAAAUGUUUUUAUGGUUUUGUGGGUUUUGAUGCUGUUGCAACAACCGGUGAAGAGGCAAAGAAACCACAACGUGAUAUACCCUUAGCCAUUGUUUUGUCUCUUAUUAUUAUUUUGGCAGCAUAUUUUAGUAUUUCUACAGUAUUGACCAUGAUGUGGCCAUAUUACAAUCAGAAUGCUGAUGCUCCAUUCCCUUAUGUUUUUCAACAAAUUGGAUGGCCAGUCAUCCAAUGGAUUGUCAAUAUUGGAGCUGUUUUCGCUUUAUGUACGAGUUUAUUAGGCGCUAUGUUUCCCUUGCCACGUGUAUUGUAUGCUAUGGCGAGUGAUGGAAUCAUAUUUAUGUGGCUUUCUAAAGUACAUUCUAAAACCAUGACACCAAUUUUGGGUACAAUACUUUCCGGACUACUUGCUGGAAUUAUGACUCUUCUUUUUAAUCUCCAUCAAUUAAUCGAUAUGAUGUCUAUUGGAACACUAUUGGCAUAUACAGUAGUAGCAAUAUCAGUAUUAAUAUUAAGAUAUCAAAAAGAAAAUGAUGUUAUGCCUGAAGUGACGAUGAAUGGUUAUGAAUUUACAGCAAUAAAUAUAUUCAAGCAAACAUUUAAUUUAAAUAAUCAUAAGGAUCCAUCUCAUAUUUCCAGCAUAGUUUCAAAAUGUAGUGUAGCUAGUUUUAGUCUUGUUGUAUUUAUACUUAUUCUUAUAUUAAAUCACGUUGAACUUGAUAUAACAAACGGCAAUGUAAUAGUAUUUGUGAUAAUAAUAAUACUUGUAUUUAUAUUAAUAUUAAAUGUAGCAUCUAUUGGUAGACAACCAGUUCAACAAGUUGAACUCUCUUUCAAAGUUCCAUUUGUUCCAUUGAUACCAUGCUGUAGCAUUUUUAUAAAUCUUUAUUUGAUGUUACAACUAGACAUGUUUACGUGGAUUAGAUUUGUUGUGUGGAUGUUAUUUGGUUUUUCUAUUUAUCUAUUUUAUGGAAUUUCUCACAGCGUUCAGGGGAAAAAAAAUAAAAUCGAACUUAAUAUAAUGAAACAAAAAAAUGUAGAUCAAAGUGGAAUCAUAACAAAAUUUUAAGUAUACGAUAAGAUAAACAAUUUCACAGCCAGGUAAAGCCACAAGUAGGAUAAACUUGUCUAUAUAUUAAUUUUUAAUAUAUUUUCGAUCAUUAUAUUUUAUAUAAAAUAA